GUUGGAAAACCGUGUUGCCAAAUUUGGGCUGACGUGGAAGAUUUUGAAAGGACCUUCACAUUCUUCUUUACUUCAGCCAAAAUAUACCAAUCUGAACUUUUCCCUACACGCGUUUGGUCAUCGAGAAAGUGCCUACCUCGAGAAAAAUUUUACCCCAUUUCCUACUAUUUUUUCCGCAAGAAAUCAUUAAAAAAAAAAAAAAAAAACAGCUAAAAGUUCAAAAAUAAAACCCUAACAAAAAGAAGUUGCUGCCCUAAUGCACCUCACGUUUACUUAGCGAGCGCGUAUAGCAUCUCACUGACGACGUCGUUUUUAUCUCUCACGCCGAUCCGAUCAGGCUUUUCACCGGCCCGAGAUUGUUGCUUUUAUCUACAACUCUUUAUCAGGAUUCCCAGGCCAAGAAAGGGUAAAAAGGGGGCACAUCUUAAGUUGCAUGAUCCAUAGGUUAUAGGAAUGGACCACUAUGACCCGCCGGCACAGAGAAGGGAGAUGAAGCAUAAAGGAAGAAAUGUAGUAUGGUCGAUUGCCAUGGACAAGUGUCUAAUUGAAGCUUUGGCCAUUCAGGCUAAAAAUGGGAAUAAAAUUGAUAAAUGCUUUAAUGAAAAUGCAUAUACUGCUGCCUGUAUUGCCGUGAAUUCUCACUUUAAUUUAAACUUGAAUAAUCAAAAAGUUAUUAAUCGUCUUAAGACAAUUAAGAAAAGGUACAAGGUAAUGAGGGAUAUGCUAAGUCAAGAUGGAUUCAGGUGGAAUCCAAAUACGAAGAUGAUCGAAUGUGACAGUGAAGAUCUUUGGAAAAGAUAUAUAGCGGCACAUCCUGAUGCAAGAGGAUUUCGAGGAAAACAGAUUGAAAUGUAUGAUGAACUAAAGAUUGUUUGCGGAAAUUACCAAGCCCCUAGCCGUUGGGCUAAGAUGAAGGAUGGAAGUCUUCCAACUGGGAAUAAAAAUUUUGAAGAAGAUUCUGCUUCUUUCUUAUCACAAAGUUCAGACGACCUAAGUGAUACAGAUGGAACAGAGUCAUACACGGGGGCACCUGAGUACUUGCAAGAUGGUAGUCAAGAUCCUCCCCUAAUGGAUCCUCCUCUAAUGGAGCCUCUCAGACAACUUCCAAAGCGACCCCGUGGCUCAAAUGCUCUUCAGGAGGCAAUGUUGGCUGUGGCUUCCAGCAUUCGGCGGUUGGCUGAUGCAAUGGAGCAGAGUAAAACUGCAAUCAAUACCUCAGAAUUGCUAGGCGCUGUUAUGGAGAUUGAUGGUCUGGAAGAAGCUAAACAGAUGUAUGCAUUCGAGUAUUUGAAUGCUGACCCUAUUAAAGCUAGGGCCUUCAUGACGUAUAAUGUUAGGAUGAGGAAGACAUAUUUGUUCAGACAGUUUUGGUGGUGGAAAUGACUGGUAUCCAAUUUCGAACCUUUUGGUAUAUUAUCUACAGUACUGCAGGAAUAUUUAAGGAUGUUGGCACAUUAAACCUUAUUCCAUUGAUCCUUCCUUGGAGGUGAAUGCACAGAUUUCAGAUGUUCACAGGUUAAACAUAUAUGGCUUUAAGCCAAUACUGUAAAGAAACAAACAGGGCGCUUAUGCCCCUCUUCUUUGAAUGAAGCUAAGCUUUAGGUGUAAAAUCUACACUUUUGACGCUCCUAAGGAGAUGUAGUGUCGUUUUUAUGAAGAUGGAUAUAGCUUCUCUU